GUCACUCCGCACCGGCGCCGUGGCUGCGGGGCGGGCAGCAGCGGGCACGGCAGCAGCGCCCGCCGGCCCGCGCGUCCUCGCCGCCUCCCGCGCCCGGGCCGCUCUCGCCGCUCCCGGGCGGGCCGCGCCCUCUGCGGGGAUGCGGGCUGCCCCCCGCGCCCGCGGCCCCGGGCAGCCCCUGCGCGCGGGGACCCCGGGCGGCGGCCGGGCGCGCUGAGCGCGGCGCUGGUGCUGAAGGGACAGCUCCCGGCGCGCCCCGGCCCGCAGCCCCCGCCGCCCGCGGCUCCCGCGCCGGCUCCCGGUGCCCGGAACGCGGCCGCGGGGCCCACGGGGAUGCCCCGCGGGUGAGGCCGCCCGCGCUGCCAGCCGCGUUCAUGGCGGUGGCCAGGAAGAUCAAAACUUUGCUGACGGUCAACAUUCUGGUUUUCGUGGGCAUCGUCCUGUUCUCCGUGUACUGCCGCCUGCAGGACCGCUCGGCCGAGCUGGUGCGGAUCCUGCGCGGCGCCGACCGCCGGGCGCGCAGCCGGAACGCCAGGGCGGGCGCGCUGGCCGACCGCGAGGCCAUCCUGCAGCGCCUCGACCGCCUGGAGGAGGUGGUCUACAACCAGCUCAAUGGCCUCGCCAAGCCCAUGGGUCUGGUGGAGGGGCCGCGGGGCCUGGGCCAGGGUGGCUUGGCCACCACCCUGCGGGACGACAGCCACGAGGCGGAAGGCGCGUUUGAGGAGUACGGGUACAACGCGCAGCUCAGCAACCGCAUCUCCCUGGACAGGACCAUCCCCGACUACAGGCCGAAAAAGUGCAGACAGAUGACCUACUCCCAGGACCUGCCCCAGGUCUCUGUGGUCUUCAUCUUCGUCAACGAGGCCCUGUCUGUCAUCCUGCGCUCCGUGCACAGCGUGGUCAACCACACGCCCUCCCAGCUGCUCAAGGAGGUCAUCCUGGUGGACGACAACAGCGACAAUGUGGAGCUCAAGUUCAGCCUGGACCAGUACGUGAACAAGAGGUACCCGGGCCUCGUGAAGAUCGUGCGCAACAGCAGGCGCGAGGGCCUGAUCCGGGCGCGGCUGCAGGGCUGGAAGGCGGCCACCGCCCCCGUCGUCGGCUUCUUCGACGCCCACGUCGAGUUCAACACGGGCUGGGCUGAGCCUGCCCUCACGCGGAUCCAGGAGGACCGCCGGCGGAUCGUGCUGCCGGCCAUCGACAACAUCAAGUACAACACGUUCGAGGUGCAGCAGUAUGCCAACGCGGCCCACGGCUACACCUGGGGGCUCUGGUGCAUGUACAUCAUCCCACCGCAGGACUGGCUGGACCACGGCGACGAGUCGGCCCCCAUCAGGACCCCUGCCAUGAUCGGCUGCUCGUUCGUGGUGGACCGGGAGUAUUUCGGGGACAUCGGCCUGCUGGACCCAGGCAUGGAGGUGUACGGCGGCGAGAACAUCGAGCUGGGCAUGAGGGUGUGGCAGUGCGGCGGCAGCAUGGAGGUGCUGCCCUGUUCCCGCGUGGCACACAUCGAGCGCACCAAGAAGCCCUACAACAACGACAUCGACUACUACGCCAAGCGCAACGCGCUGCGGGCGGCCGAGGUGUGGAUGGACGACUUCAAGUCCCACGUCUACAUGGCCUGGAACAUCCCCAUGACUAACCCGGGCGUGGACUUCGGGGACGUGUCUGAGAGGCUGGCCCUGCGCCAGAGGCUGAAGUGCCGCAGCUUCAAGUGGUACCUGGAGAACGUGUACCCGGAAAUGAGGGUCUACAACGACACCCUCACCUACGGAGAGGUGAGAAACAGCAAAGCCAGCGGCUACUGCCUGGACCAGGGAGCGGAGGACGACGACCAAGCCAUCCUGUACCCCUGCCACGGGAUGUCCUCCCAGCUGGUGCGGUACAGCGCCCACGGCCUCCUGCAGCUGGGGCCCCUGGGCUCCACGGCCUUCCUGCCCGACUCCAGGUGUCUGGUGGAUGACGGCAGGGGCCGCACGCCCACCCUGAAGAAGUGCGAGGACGUGGCCCGGCCCACGCAGCGGCUGUGGGACUUCACCCAGAGCGGCCCCAUUGUGAGCCGGGACACGGGCCGCUGCCUGGAGGUGGAGAUGUCCAAGGACGCCAACUUCGGGCUGCGGCUGGUGGUGCAGAGGUGCUCGGGGCAGAAGUGGAUGAUCAGGAACUGGAUCAAGCACGGGCGGCACUGACAG